AUGACAUCUGAACCCAUCACUCGGAACAUUACUACCCAGUCGUGGUUUGACCAGGCUCGUUUCGUUCCACCUGAUGUAAUCUUUGCAUUGACUGCCCAGUAUGUAGCAGACAAAUCUCCCAAGAAAGUCAAUUUGGGCCAGGGUACAUAUCGUGACGAGCAUGGGAACUCGUGGGUUCUUCCCUCGGUCCGCGAGAGUCGGAAGCUACUAGCACAAGAGCUGAAUCACGAAUAUCUUCCGAUUGUCGGCCUGGCUGAUUUCCGCAAAGAGGCUGCGAAGUUAGCACUAGGCUCAGAGUUAUUUCAAAAGCAAGAGGACAAACUGGCGACCUGUCAAAGUCUCUCUGGUACGGGAGCACUGCACUUGGCUGGACUGUUGCUAAGAGCUUGCAAGACGCCUCUUCCGAAAGUAUACAUUCCUGAGCCCACAUGGUCGAACCACCAUCAAGUAUUCUCGUCUCUUGGAUUCCAAUGUCAAUCUUUCAGAUACUACAACCCAGAGACAAAGGAUUUAGACAUCGAUUCUUAUUAUUCGGCAUUAAAAUCGGCCGAGCCAGAUUCUGUGUUCAUCAUCCACGCAUGUGCACACAACCCAACAGGAUGUGAUCCGAGCAAGGAGCAAUGGCAAGAACUUGCCCGCCUCUUUAAAGAAAGGCAGUUAUUUCCACUUUUUGAUGCUGCCUAUCUAGGGUUCAACUCCGGUCAUGUUGAUAAUGAUGCCUUUGCCAUUCGGCUAUUUAUCGAGGAGAUGAAUUUGGAAGCUGGAGUUUGUCUAUCUUUUGCCAAAAAUAUGGGUCUUUAUGGGGAACGGGUUGGCUGCUUUUUACUGGCAACCAGCACUGAAGAGGCGGCCGUCAAGACACAAUCAAUGCUUGAAAUGCUUCAGCGUUCUGAAGUCUCAAAUCCCCCGGCAUAUGGUGCAAAGAUUGCGAGCACCAUAUUAGCCGAUGCUACCCUCAGGGGGCUUGGCAUGACGAUCUGCCUGGUGGCCUCCGGCGCACCUGGAACCUGGGAUCACCUGAUCCGUCAGUCUGGAAUGUUUGGGUUUCUGGGAUUGUCUCCAAGCGUUGUGCUAAAGCUUCGCGAGAAAUAUCAUAUCUACAUGGCGGACAACUCUCGCAUAUCAAUUGCUGGCCUUAACAGAGAGAACGUGGAAUAUGUUGGACAGUCAAUUACCGACUGCUUGAAGCAAGAAUGA